GAAAGAGUGUGUGUGAAGGAAACGCUGCACAGCUCAGGAUGCUCCCUAGAAGAUGAGAAAAUGUGAUCUAAAGCACUUUUUCCUCCUCGUCUCUCAGAUCCUGCUCCGGUUUUUCCCUCUUUUUGUGUUUCAUCAAGACGAAGGUUGAGGACCAGGAAGGAGCGCUGCGACCCGACCAAAAGCAUGUUCCCACGGAUGGAGCCGCUCUCAUGGGACAGCCAUGUUUUGUCCCCAUGACAGCUAGAUCACUCAGCCCUCUCUGCAGUGACCACCUGCACAGCAAAGGAUGCUGGGAAAUAAUGAGCAUUUUUAUUCCAGUCAGGACGACAAAGAUGGGGAGGAUGAGGAGGAAGAAGAAGAGCAAAGGCGAGGAAGUGACGAAGGCCUGUGGAGCAGGGAGAACGGAGGACUAGAAGGACUGGGGGGGAAGGAAAUGAUCGGCGGACGCCAGGCCUGGGAAGGGAAGGGCGGUGAGGCGGUGAAACCGGCGGCCAUUGUGGUCGGCAGACAGAGAAUGGACCGACCACUGAGACCCGGUAACCUGGACAACCGGGGCAUUGCCCACAUGUCCAAUCAGGCACAAAUGCAUCACCACGCUGCCAACAAGCUGCAGCAGCAACACCUCAUAGCAGCAAAACGGCGAGCGCUGAUGGAGCGCAGCAUGACCGCCGUGGCGCCUCAUGAGGAUGCCUUCCUGACUAUGAUGGUGUUCCGCAUCGGGAUCCCUGACAUCAAACAGACACGGUGCCUCCAGUUUGACCAGGACUGCACCGUGUGGAGCGCCAAGCAGCAGAUCGUCUGUUCGCUUGGCGAGUCCCUGUGGGACGUCUACAACUACGGACUCUUCCAGCCGGCUGGAGAAGGACGAGAUGCCAAAUUCCUGGAGGAGGAGCGCCCCCUACGGGACUAUGCACGCACCUUUGAGAAAGGGGUUCCCUACCUCGAGUUUCGGUAUAAAACCAGAGUUUACAAACAGACCAACCUGGAUGAGAAGGCUCUGGCUAAGCUCAGCACCAAGGCCAGCCAGAAGAAGUUUCUGGAAUACGUCCAGACUGGAGCGAUGGAAAAAAUGGCAAAAGUUCUGGAAAAAGGUCUGGAUCCAAAUUUUCAUGACCCUGACAGCGGAGAGACGCCGCUGUCGGUGGCGGUGCAGUCCGGCCUGCCGGUGGACGGCGUCCGGCUGCUGGUUCUGGGCGGGGCCCACAUGGAUUUUAGGAGCCGUGAUGGCAUGACGGCGCUGCACAAAGCUGUGAGAGCUCACAACCACGCCGGACUGCUGGCACUUUUGUCCCUCGGAGCGUCUCCGGACUACAAGGACCGCUGUGGCCUGACCCCGCUGUACCACACUGUGCUGACAGGGGGCGAAACGUCCUGCUGCGAGACGCUGCUGUAUUACCGGGCGAAGCUGGGCACCAGGGACGAGAACGGCUGGGAUGAGAGCCAUCAGCACAGGGAUGAAGAGGAAUUUGGAAUGGAAGAAAUCCAUAAGGCUUGCCAGAACGGCUUUGCUCAACACUUGGAGCAUCUGCUGUUUUAUGGAGCGGACACGGCUUCUCAAAACGCCUCAGGGAACACUGCACUUCACAUUUCAGCGCUCUACAACAAGGAAAGCUGCGUCCGGGUUCUGCUGUACCGGGGGGCCAACAAGGAGGCGAAGAACAAACAUGGCCAGACUCCUUUUCAGGUUGCUGUGAUGGCAGGUCACUUUGAACUUGGAGAGAUUAUUAAAAACCAUAAAGACAUGGAUGUUGUUCCCUUUUUAGAGUCACCAAAGUUUGUUCCCAGGCGAAAGGAGAGCGUCCACACGCUGCCUCUCCCCUCGCUCCAUUCCCACCCACUGCUGCGCGCCAACAGCGACAACACCGUGACCGGCUCCGACCCGCUGAUCCUCCCCGCCAAGGCCGCCACCAACCCGGGGCAGGGCCAGCGCCGGGCCUCCAUCGGGGUCAGGAGCUCCAGCAGCCCCCGGAACCGAACCCGGUCCCCGUCCAGAGGCAGAGGAGGCCAGAGCGAUACGGAGGAGCGGCACCGGCAGCCCAGAGGCCGGCAGGGCGCGGCUCCGGGCGGCGGUCAGAUGAAGCGGAUGUACAGCGCGGUGCCGGGCCGGGUUUACGUCGCCAUCCGCUCUCACUCUGCCAGCGGAGACAGAGAACUCUCACUUAACAAAGGCGACAAAGUAAAAGUGCUGAGUGUGGGAGAGGGGGGCUACUGGGAGGGAACGGCGAGAGGACGCACCGGCUGGUUUCCCUCCGACUGCGUGCAGGAAGUGGCGCCGCCCAGCAGAGAGAAAGAGACGCGGAGCGAGAAGGCCAAGAGGAAACUUUUCCGUAACGUCACAGUGGGAGCAUACGACGGUACCGAUGGGCCAAGCGACUACAUCAUUAAGGAGAAGACAGUGCUCCUACAGAAGAAAGACAAUGAAGGCUUCGGCUUUGUGCUCAGAGGAGCCAAAGCUCAGACUCCCAUAGAGGAGUUCACGCCAACGCCAGCCUUCCCGGCGCUGCAGUACCUGGAGUCUGUUGAUGAGGGGGGCGUGGCCUGGAGAGCGGGCCUGAGGAUGGGGGACUUCCUCAUCGAGGUGAACGGCCAGAAUGUGGUGAAGGUGGGUCACCGGCAGGUGGUCAACAUGAUCCGGCAGGGCGGCAACAGCCUCAUGGUGAAGGUGGUGAUGGUCGCUAGGAACCCGGAGCUGGAGGACACGGCUCGGAAGAAAGCCCCGCAGCAGUCGAAACGACUGACCCCUCCUGCCAUCGCCCUGCGCUCAAAGUCGAUGACAUCAGAGCUGGAAGACAUGGUGGAGAAAGCCGCCGCCUCGCCCUGGAAGAAGAAAGCAGAGUAUGAACCCUCUCAGGGUCCAGAUAAGAAGAGGACCGUUUAUCAGAUGGCGCUAAAUAAGCUGGAUGAAAUCUUGGCUGCUGCUCAGCACACCAUCACAUCCGACAGCCAAGGUCAGAGAGGUCACGGAGGCAAGAGGGACCGGAGCAAGAGCAUCGUUCCCAACGUUCCCACUGUUCCCAACGAGCAGCCGUAUGAGCAGCCGUCAUCCGUGAGUCUGAUGCAGACUGGGCAAGGAUUUGGCUACAACCAGGCCCAUUUUCAACCUGGCCAUGGACCUCAGCAUGCAGUCAUGAUGCGCCAGAAAUCCAUUGGUGUGACGGAAGAAGAAAGGCAGUACCUCCACCCACCUGCUAUGAAGCUAGCUCGCAGUCUUUCAGUGCCAGGACCAGAAGACAUCCCACCGCCCCCCAACACGUCUGCUCCAGAGCCGCCUUUAUCCGCAGGUCCUUAUACUGGUAGAGGGCCUGCUAUGCCAAUCCCCCCUGUAUCUCAAGCUCACUACCAGUUCCACUCACAGCCAGCGCAUCCUACGCAGGCUGCCUGGGAGAGGGGAGGACCUGGUGGGAUGAACCAGCAGGUCAUGGUUCCCACCCUCCGCAGGCAGUCCGAUGGACUCUGCAUAAGAGAGCCAGAGGCGCCUCGGAGAGGUGGCGGCAAGAUGGGAGGGCUGAGGAGAGGAUACAGCAGUGCCACACCACCAACAAGUGCAAAGCCAAAGCCUCAACAGGUGCAGCAUCCUGUGCAACUCACCAGCCGGGAGCAAGGUGGAGGAGCCGGAAGGGGAGUAGCGAGGCGUGGAGGUCGUGGAGCUCUGAUCAAGCAGUCAAAGGUGGAAGACGGGCUGAGACAACAUAGGGGCAAAGGAGGUGCUACCAAAGAGAAGAGUUCUAUCCCCAUCCCUACCAUCAUCGUCAAAGCGCCGUCCACCAGCAGUAGUGGCCGAAGCAGCCAGGGUAGCAGCAUAGAAGCAGAUCCGUCUCAGGAUGUGGAGGACCAAACCUCUGGGAACGCAGCUCCAGACAACUCCAGCACAAGCCUACCUUCACCACUGACCCCCACACCGCCUCAGCCGACUACACCCAACUCCUUGCCUUCGAGUGUCGCACCCGCCGUCUCUUCUCAGCAAAACCUGGAAAAAUUGGACUAUACCUCAACAUUUGGCACAGCAUUUAGUGGAGGAGGAACACGCAGGGACAGGGAGCGAUUAAGAGACAUGAGAAGAAAGAGCGCUUCCUUCUACCAGUCAUCAGAGGAAGACAUCCAAGGAGAGGCAGGUGGUGGAGAAGGAGGAGGGACACUUGAGACCCAAGUUCAGCCUCUGCAAGGCUCAAAAAUGGAGGUACCCACCCCUCGACUUCGGCCUUCCAAGUCUAUAGAUGAAGGCAUGUUUUCUGGAGACAACUUCAUGAACUAUUCCAGCAGCAUGCCCCCAGCCUUUGGCCUUCCAGAGUACUCCUCACCUGUCCUUGGCCAGGAUGGGCAGCCCAAGUCAGCCCCCUCAGUGUAUGGCAGCCAGCCUGCUACAACUUUUAUCCAUCCACUAACAGGGAAAGUGCUUGACCCCUCGUCCCCACUUGGCCUGGCACUGGCUGCGAGAGAACGAGCUCUGAAAGACGACCGCAGGACGCGUCGAGAUGACAGGCACUUUGGCCGGCAGAUGUCCACAGUUGGAUCCUUCCCUACACCAAUUCAGACCCCAACACCUUCGCUGUUUGCAACCCCGACGCAAUCGGCAUAUACUUCUCCGGUGUCCCUUCACCUCGGAUCCCCCUCCGCCACCGCCUCCCCUGCGUCUUUGAGCCGGCCGCAGUCACCAAGGAUUUUACGUUUAGGAGGUGGAGGAGGAGGAGGUGGGGAGAGGAUGGAGAGAGAAAGAGAUGGAGGGCCUAAAGAGGGUCUUAGAGUUCGUUUCUCUGAGGACAGAAACAGCCAGUUUUCAGGCCAGUACUACCCACAGAGCAGCAGAGAGAGAGAGAAGGAGAUGUACGAAAGCAAACAUGCUCAGGCUGUUCAGCCUCCUCCCCCGCCAGCUCAACCUGCCCCCCGUAGACCCUCCUACUUGCAGAUGGAAAACGUUCCCAACACAAGCUAUAUUCCACAGUACACUGUCCCCACAGCUCCAUCACAGACUAACGACGCAAUGGGAGAAGCAAGAGCCGGGGCGGGCGGCCUGGGACUGAUGGUUCUCCCUCCUCCUGCUCCCUCAAUAGACGUAGAUGAGGAGUUUGUUUUUGCAGAUCCUUUGCCCCCUCCGCUACAAUUUGCUAACGGAAAGAAUGAGAGAGCAAUGGAGUUCUCUCAGCAUCAUCAACGCCAGAGUCAACACCCUGCUCCUGCUGCCCCACCUCCACCACCCCCUCCUCCGUCUCCUAAGCCCUCAAAUGCUCCCCAACAGUCUUCACAAGGUGGCGACUCUGCUGCCUCAAGCCUCACCUCCUAUGACAGCGAAGUGGCCAACCUCACGCAGUCUGCACUUUCUCCAUCGUAUCCGUCCCCGCAAAUAUUUGCACCGUCGUCCAACACCGCUACCACCUCAGUGGCUGCUGCAUCACUACACAGACCCCAGCCCAUGUCACAUGCCCAUCCUUAUUAUGGCAGCACCAAUGACCCGUUGGUUGGGGUUCAGACGCCAGCCCAGGACAGAGGCACAGCUGCCCUUACCACCACCAUGACCUACGCAACAACAACAAUGACAGCAACUGCUGCUGCCACAACCACAACAGCCUCUCCUGCCUCCUCCGACUACAGCAUGGCUGGGCCCAAAGUAGGCCUUAGCACAGGGAGUAAAGGAACCGAUCCCACUCAUUCCAGUACUAUGAUUCCCAAGAUUGGAGACUGGCAGGACACAGUGGUAGAUUCUGGCAUUGAGGAGCUGGACAGUCAUAGCAGUAGUGACCAUCAUCUAGAAAUGCUGGGACUUGGUGGCUUGAGAGGAGAAAAAAUCGGACUUGGAGGUGAUGGACGAGGAGGGGAGGGAGAGAAAGUCAACGAACAUCAGGAUCCCUGCACAAUCUACCGGGGAGGGCAACCGUUUGAUGUGCACACCUCCAAAAUGGCAAACCCCGUCUUUCCAAAGAUGACGCAUUACAAGGAAAUGGAAGGGAGAGGCCCGCCUAUAGCGUUACGCAGGCAGAACAGCACCAACCCGGCUCCUUUGCAGUUGCAGAGACAAAGCCACCCUGAAGAUGCCGGUUUGGAGAGAACUCUUGUUGACGACAGAAAGCACAAGCAGAGUCGGGCCAGAAUGGAAGAUGGCUUUAGCUCCGCGCUGGCGGCCUGUCUGGAGAGGCCCAUGGAGCCUCGGUCAGUGGUCUGGGGUGACAUCGCUGAACACGAACAAGAAGGAGUCCAGCAUGGCGGUAUGGUGUUGGAGGGUCGCAGGCUUCACUCGCCUUUUUCUGGUGUGAAAGCCAGCAUCAUCAACGAGUUAAGUUCCAAACUGCAACAGAUGAGUAGCAUGAAGAGUAUGGAUGACUGGAGUCACGUUCCUAAGUCCCCCUCCAUGCAUAGGUAUUCAGCAGAUUUUACCGAUGCCUUCCACAGCCCACCGACCGGUCGCUCCACCUCGCCGCUACCGACCUCCUCCCCGCAGCAUCGACAGAUCCUGACUCCCAACCUCUCGGCCUCCCCUUCUGUCUCUCCGUCUCCUCAAGUCCCCGUUCAGCGCAACUGGACCCGCUCCCCUUCUCCUCAGAUGCCGACCUCCCCGGUACAUUCCCAUCCUCCCCAUUCCCCAACCUACUGCCCAUACCCAACAUCACCUAAGCACAGAUCUAAGUUGCGCAGGCAGACUUUUGAUUUUCAGUGUAGUCCCUCUAAAGAGAUGCGGUCAUCGGUUUCCAGGCGCCGGGCCCCCAGCCCUCUCAUCUACAACACCGAACAGCAGAACCCAACACCACCCAGACCGUCCUCUCUCCCCAUCCUUCCCUCCACACCUAUCUACAGUAACCCCUUUGACUUUCCUGGCCCUCUCACACCUCCAUCUCCUGGUCACUCUCUCGGAGAUCCCUACCACGCCUCGACUCCCCCGCUGUUCUCUCCUUCCGGUGUGCCGAGUCCGAACCCUCUACUAGUCUCACGCUCUCUCUCCCCGACUCAUUUCUUCUCGGGAGCCUCCUCCCCAUUGCAUCUACCACCCAGCCCUUCUUGUCUCAACUACCCCAACCUCAGCCCCGCUCCCCCUGCCAGACCCUUUGCCAUCAAACCUCUACCCUACUGGACCAAGUACGACGUUGCCGACUGGUUGACUUACUUAAAUUUGGGUGAACACAGGGAGCGUUUUAUAGACAACGAGAUAGACGGAUCUCAUCUCCCGUCACUUACUAAGGACGACUUCUUGGACCUGGGAGUGACCCGAGUGGGGCAUCGAAUGAACAUCGAGCGGGCCCUCAAGAAACUCACUGACAGGUGAGGGAGGACGAAAACGGGCUCAGGGCGAUGUAGAGGCGACUCAAACGGUCCAAAAGGAAACACUGGAUGGUGAAAGAGCGUCAGAGUGUCUCGUUAGCUUCAUUUGAAGGUGCAGUACGUAACGUUUAUAAAGAAUUUGUUUUUACAGGUUUGUUAAAACUGUCACCAUGUCAUGACAGAUCAAUAUGAGACAAAUAAUCUACAGUUUCAACUAAUAUGUAAAAAAAUAUUUUUCUAAAAGUUACAUACUGCAGCUUUAAGUUGAUCCAACCAUACUUACCUUCCAACCUUCUUAAUCCUUAAAGUCUGAGUAGUUUUCCAAUCAUUUCUCCAUCUAACUGCAUUUUAUCAACCCCAUUUAGUUUGUAGUUAAAGUCCACCCGUUCUUAUUCUUUGAUUUGGCCUCCUUUUCUCCCCAGGCGUCUCUCCUCUCCUUUGCAUGUCCCCACGUCUCCUCGAGACACAGACUGAGAAAGUGAAGGGAUGAUUCAGAGCUGACAGAAAAGGGAGAGAAACUUAUUGACAAAGCUGAUCAAUAACAGAAGAUGUGCAAGAGAAGAUCAGUGGACAUCAACAGGCCUAAAGGGGCAGAAACCCGGGCUUUGCUUUACUGUGGAUCAAUUUGUGGAGUAUAAAAAAAGUCAGAAUGUCUUAAGUUGGUGGUGAAAAUAUGUUUCUAAACUUUUGAUGGACAGGCUUUUAAUUAACGCACUAUUUUUUGGUGUAAAAGAAUAAACACAUUUGCAGUGUUUUUUUUCUUUCGGGCUCAGUGACAGAUGGAUUCUCACACCAUCUGCUGCUCAGAGCUGCAACUCACAAAACUUAAGUUGGAGUUUAGAGACGAGCAGAAAAAUCAUCCAAGGAAAAUGUUAUUUACUGUGACUGAAUCGGAGACGCUAUUAAAAGCAGAGACGUGAACAGGUUUCUGACGUCUGCUUUGUGCUUUUCAGCAGAUCCCUCGAUGAGUUUUAUUUGUAAAUGAUAGACAAAAAUAGACAAAAAUAGUAUUUUAUAUGAAAUAAUAAAUAUAUAUAUAUUACACACACAUAUAUUUGCAGAUUUCCCCCAGAGGUUGCUCCCAAUAAGCUUUGUAUGUUUGUACUUUGCGAGCGCUAAAUAUAUAUUACAUGUUUAACAGGAUUAGUAAAAGAGCCCAUCUGUUUUGUACUCAGUGCUGAUAGCAAUCAUUCAUAUAAAACUGGUCAGGGUGUUUUUAAAUGUUCAAAUUACACUGUAAAAAAUGAGGAAGAGAUUUUAAAGCUUCAUCAGGUUUCAGACAGUUUUGGAGAAAACUGAAUUUUGUGUUUUGGGGUGAAACUAAAGUUGUGUCCUUCCUCUUUGGUGCCAUGAGGUCGGCCAUUUUGUUUUUUUCCACGUAGGUGAGGUGAUGAAAAAGGGCUUUUUCCUGCUUCUCUAUUUGCCUGAACUUCUCGACCUUAUGCCUCUGUGAGUCUGAUAAUGUGUGUGUGUCUGUCGGUCUCAGAUGCUUCCCCUGACUUAUACCUUCUCUUCCUAAAGCCUUUUCCAUAAAAGCAAAUGCUUCUUCUGCUCCUAAAAUAUUGAAUUAAUUAGUUUUUAAUUCUGAACUGUCAAUCCCACAGUUUAACUAUUCCACAAAGCAAAAACAUAAUAAUUUUCACAUAUUUUUCAUAUAUUUUUGCUGUAAUAAACGGAAAACUACAGUUUGUGUUGCAUAUUAAACAUCCGAUCUCGGUUUUAUUCUAUAUGGUGGCCGACAGGCGCAAAUGUGCAUCAAACACAUGAAUAAUGCAAACUCCAAAACACAUGUAACUGCAAAAGCCUGCAAAUAAUAACACAAAAGCAAAAGAAAAAUUCUGCAACCACAGGAAAUGGAAACAACAAACGUUUCUGGACGAUAAAUUGUUCCAGAUGUUAUUGCGAUAAACGGUAAUGUUGUUUUGACAAUAUUCCAGUAAUGUGAUGGUAAUGGCUUAAUAAUGCUAGAACACAUUCUCAAGAUCAAUAAACGUUAAAUUGUAAUGAUCAUUUAACAAUUUAAAUGUCCAAAACUGAAAAAACAGAAACGACAAAUAAAAUCAAUUAUGAAGUCUUUGUAGACUAAAUUAUCCUUCAAAAUAAAGUCUUGUUGAAACCAAAACAUUAGACUGAAGAUUUUUACCAUCCAGUUUUGGGUAGAAAGAGAAAAACAAGAAAUCAUGCAAAUAGAAAUUAUUAAACUAACAGCAAAUAUGAAACAAUUAAAGCUCACUCCACAAAACUGAAGUCCUCCACUCCACUAGGGGGAGUCUGGAGUUGUUAGUAUUACCCACAUCCUCCAUAAACAUGCUGGUGUUCAACAAUAUAAAAGAUUGUGUGUUUAAGAAGACACAACAUAGACAUCCCGUCUUUCCUAGGGUUCUGGUCUCAUGAUUUGGUGAUCGACUCCCCCUGGUGGUCUGGAGGACUUCCAUUUGGAGAGCAAAAUACCAGCGUUUUAUACCUGCUGCUGUUUUUCUACUUCAUGUGGUUGCAGUGUUUUUCAUUUGUAUGUUUUGUCGGUCGUAAGUUCUUGCUUCUAUUUUCUGCGAUUGCAGAGUUUUUCAAAUUAAAAAAAUACUUAACUGGCCCCAAAUUUUAUGAUUCUAAAUCCAUGUCCAGAGGUUCCACAGUGGUGCCCAGAACAGAACCAGCCUUCAUCAGGUUGUUGUCCACACAGAAGUUCAGUCGGUCACACACUCAUUCAUGGCGUUGAUGUUUCUUCAUGUGGCUGGAAAAGAGCGAUCCCAUCUGUUACUUCGUCGUCUUCCUGGCAUCUUCCUAACGUAGUUCCUGAACAAGGGGUUUGUAUUCAGAGCAGAGAAAAACAAGAUUGUGAUCUUGGUAUAUAUAUCAAUGUGUUGCAUGUGUUUUUUUCUUGGUUUUGCAUUAUUCAUGUGUUGGCGGCGCUUCUUGCCAUUUGCUGCGCAUUGCGCCUGUCGGCCACGGUGAUUUUAAGAUGCCAGUGCAGCCAUUUAACUGUGGGGCAAACAUCACUUAUAGCUUUGUAUGUAAUGACGAUAAUGUCGGCAAAGAUGAUAAAAAUAUAGUACAAUGAAGAUUAUAAUAUUAGGUAUGUAAACAUUUUUAAGAAUCUCUGUCUUCCAGAUAGUGUGGACAAAUUCUUUGACGUUUUCUGUUGAAUUUCUGGGUUUUCUGUAAAUGUUUUCUGCACUGCAGCGACUCCAGUGAAGCUUAUUAAGGCCCAAAGCAGAACAUGGACUGAGCCGCAGUGUAGAAAGCAUUAUGUACACCUUAUGUACACCAGAGUAUUUUUAGGCCUAGUGAAAUGCAUCAUGACCACAUACAGUAUGAGCAUAAGUAUGCAGAGAUAAAAGGUAUAUGAAUAUAUAUAUAUAAAUUUUGUUUUGAAUAAAAUACAGUAUAUAAUAUGAUAGAGAUACAACUAAGGUGUUGAAAUAAAAGCUGAAAUAAA